AUGUCUUUGUAUGCCGUAUAUGUUUCAAAAGUAUAUUGCACAUUAUCCCUGAAAGUUAUAUAUAAAUCGGAUAAGUACUCGCUGAGAUAUCCUCAAAAAACCAAAACUUAAUAUACUUUUGAGCGGUACUGUACAUCUACACAUAAAUUGUGAAGUUUUAAGAAGAAAAAAAAUCAAAUAAUCAGUGUUUUUCUUCGAGUGUUGCAAACUGCAAUCAUUUGAACUUCCAAAGUUUUUUUAUAAUUCAGUUUACGAGAAAGAUAGUUUUGCCUAUAACUUCCGAUUUUUCUGAAAGUUGGCCAGAAGGGAUGAACUUUAGGACCUCCUGUUUCCAUAAAAAAAAAUUCCGCAAUAGAUCUGGUUGUCGUGUUAAAAGGGCUUCGAAAGCUUGAAACAGCGCUUUUUCCCGUGAUUUUCGAAUUUCGCAAACUUUCAAGCUUUGUACUAAAAAAAAAAGUCCCCAAGACAUGCCGAAAGGUUUCAUUUUUUUUUGCGAUCUAUUUCCAGAAAAAAUUUUCAGUUUCGAGCAACUCUGCAUCAACUAUUGCAAUGAGAAACUCCAGCAGUUGUUCAUCGAGCUGGUUCUGAAACAGGAGCAGGAGGAGUACGAGCGCGAGGGAAUCCGGUGGACCAAAGUCGACUACUUCAACAAUAAGGUACCUUUCGAUCUCCAUUUAGAGCGAGUUCAAAAAUAAUUUGUUUGAACCAAUCGUUCCUGUGGUACUUUUGAGCUUCAUGUCGGAAAUCGGAAGUUCGACUUGAAGUUUCUGUAUUUUGUAAGCUUCAAAAAAAUGUUCCGUUUGUUUGUAACUCUCAGAGGUUUUUGUGUGUUUAAAGAUGACUUUUAUUUUUGAAUUUUUUUUCAACACAACUUUUAAUUCGUUUUAAUAUAUUUCAUUUUUUAGGUGAUUUGCGACUUGGUCGAAAUGCCACGAACUGGAAUUUUCUCAGUUUUAGAUGAAGCCUGCGCCUCCGUCGGAAACGUCACUGACAAGGUGAUUAACAGAAAAAAAAACUGGCUUUUUAGCAGUUACAUGAUGUGGAUAAUUUGAACUUCAAUGAUUUUUUCCAGGUCUUUCUUGGUGAGCUGGACAAGAAGCUAUCCUCUCACAAACACUACGCGAGUCGCGCUUUGAAUCAGAAAAACAAGAGCGUUGGCUUCGACGAGUUCAAGUUAGUUUCUAGAAUUUUUCAGGAGUUUUUUUGA